AUGAGACCGUCUUUCUCCGCCCUACUGGCCCUGCUACAUCUGGCCUGCGCCGCGAAUCUGGAGGAAGAGACCCAAGCCGGAAUCGACCCCAACGCCAAGGCCUCCUACUUCGUCCUGCACGGCUACGUCUUCGCCCUGAAUGUGGUGGAGAAUGGCGAUGUCUACUUCCACAUGAACGCACCCUCCUCGCAUUCCUGGAUGGGCAUCGGUUUCGGAAGCAGUAUGACCAAUACGCGCAUGAUAGUCUCUUAUCUGGCGGAAGAUGGCCACACUCUCAUCAACUCAUGCCGCAUGGCUCACGGCCACUCAGAGCCCGUACACGAUCCAGAUUGUAUCAUCGAAGGCGUCUCCAACGAUACAUAUGCCCCUUACCACAACUCUCUCAGCCCGGAUGGCAUCUUGAUCUCCCAUGCAGUCUGCCGCAACUGCUCCACCUGGGCCAACGGCUUCAUCGACACCAAGAGCACGGCGGCGCCAUUCAUCUACGCUUUGGGUCCGAAUGUCACCCUCAAGUCAGACUCUCCGACUGCCGACCUGCGCGUGCACGAGCUUUACUCAGGUUUCACUCUUGACAUGACCAAAGCGACCAACUAUUCUGGCUGGUAUGGCAGAGUUCCGGCGCCUCAAGACCCUGGCCUGCAGACCGGACAGGGCUUCUGGGCUUUUGCAAACUACUUCUCCUCCAGUGCGUACGGGACAGGCUCACUGGCGGACUGGGCUCCGGCUGCUCAUGCCGCCUUCAUGUGUGUCGCUUUCCUUUUCAUCUUCCCACUGGGAGCAAUAUCGCUACGACUGGUGCGCAGAGCCCGGUUUCAUGCCAUGUUGCAAAUGAUUGGAUUGGUUUUCGUACUCAUCGGAUUUGGUCUUGGAAUAUAUGCUGCUAAGCUCUACAACAAGGUAAUAAAAUUGAUGCACCAUAUGAGUCUGAUGGAACUAACCAAGAUUCAGUCCAAACACUUCAACUCCGUUCAUCAGAUCAUCGGUCUGGUGGUCUUCGCAGGACUAUUCCUCCAGAUCGGCCUCGGACUCAGCCACCACUUGAUCUUCAUGCGGUCAGGCACUCCGACACCGUUGGGCAAGACUCACCGCUUUCUGGGAAUCUUCAUCAUGGUCUUGGCUGUUGUCAACGGAGGUCUGGGGUUCGACUUUGCCAACAACCCAAGCACCGCAUAUGCAGCAGUUGUCGCUGUAAUGGCAGUCCUUUUCGGAGCCCUGACUUUCUGGGUGUGGACGUACAACCGCAAACACGUCUACAAGCCCGAGAAGACCAAAUUUGUCGAAACUUAUCACGAUCAGGAACCGCAAGGAGAGUACGAGAUGCAGCAAGCACCGUUCGCGAGUAUGGGCCAUGUCCAGACUCCACGGACCCCUUUCUUCGGGCAGCCGAAGUGGGACGAUGAUCCGGAGAACUACCGUGAUCACUUGACGAGAAAUAAUACGGCAUAUAAUACCGGCGGUCAGGAGAGUCUCUAUACUGACACGCCUGCGUCGGAGUCGAAGGAGAAUCCCUUCAGGACGAAAUGGGAAGCUGUGCCGUUAAGAUGA